AUGACGGUUGAAGGUUCCAAGGAUAAUCCUGAUCAUAACCAUUUAUACCGUGUAGAAGAUGGAGAGACCCAGUCAUAUCAAGCUGGUUGUAGUAGUCCAAUCCAUUUGGAAGAACCAGAAAGUCAAACCCGCUGGUUUUUUUCACUAAAAGAUAUUGAUAAACCUCAUCUUAAACAAAUUCAAACGCCAUCACUUCAAAAGCGAUUACUGCAAUUAGAAGAACAAGAGGGUGCAAUUAAACACAAAUUUGGAGUUAUUUAUGCUCGGUCAGGUCAAGUCCGCGACGAUGAAAUGUUAAGCAAUGAAAGUGGAAGUGAAGGCUUCAAUGCUUUUAUCAAUUUAUUGGGUGAUCAAAUUCGAUUACAGAACUGGAAUAAAUAUCGAGGCGGUCUUGAUGUCAAGCGCAAUACAACUGGAGAAAAUUCUUAUUAUACCGUUCAUGAAGGAAGAGAAAUUAUGUUUCAUGUUUCCACUAUGCUUCCGUAUGAGCCGACAGAUCGACAACAGAUUGAACGCAAGCGCCAUAUUGGUAAUGAUAUUGUCGUCAUCAUCUUUCAAGAUAUUGAUGGAGAGGAGAAACCUACAUUUAAGCCAACUGGCAUUAAAUCCCAUUUCACACAUGUUUUCGCUUUGGUAACCCAUAAUAAAAUCGACAACACUUACAAAUUAGCUGUGUAUUCUUAUAAUGCUGUACCAUUAUUCGGCCCACCAUUGCAUAAACCACCCGUAUUCUCCAAUCACCAAGAAUUUCGCGAUUUUCUUCUUGUUAAAUUAAUUAACGGAGAGAAAGCAUCGUAUCAUAUCCCAGUCUUUGCUGAUAAAAGAAGAAGAACACUUGAAGCUUUAAUUCGAAACGUCUAUGAGGAUCUUGUUGUUCCAGAACUAUUGCACUCUCGAUCAUUCCUUCUAUCUUCCUUUCCUGGCGCAGAAGCGAAAAGAAAACGUGAAGAAUUUUUGGAAUAUGGUACUGCUCUUAAAAUUGAUGUCAUUAACGCAGGUAGUGCACCUAUUGGGACGUCUAGCUCUCGUCCGAGAGAUCGUCGACAGCCUUGGCUACCUCAUCGUGUAUGCUCUAAUUUUCCACAUUCUGUCAUUUGUGGUGACAGUUGGGGUGAUUCUUUGGUGGUUGCAACAGAAAAGGGUGUUUUUCUUGUAGAAGGUGAUUACGCUUAUCAAGAAUUGAUUGAUUCUAGCGUAACGAUUAAUCAAUUAAAUACGGUGGAAUCUCAUCACAUUCUACUCAUGAGAGGGCAUUGUAAAGGAAAAGAUACCCGGCAAUACUUGUAUAUUGUUAUGCUGAAUGAAUUCGUUGGAGACAAAACAAGCACAACGAUAAUUAAAGGAAUUGAUGUCAUUAAGGAUGGGCGAUUAGAGAUAACUCGCGGUUGCCAUUUAUAUGCAGUUAACCAAAGUAAAGAUGGCGUUCUUAAAGUAGCUGUGGCAAUCAAGGCACGUAUAAUCAUAUUAACGCUAAGUGGGUUAGAUGAAUUUGAACACAGGCUUCAAAUAUCGCCGCAAGACUUGAUUGAACGAUUUGUUAAAUCUCAGGUCUCCAAUGCAUUUAAAAUCUAUUAUUUAGCAACGGAUAUUUCGCUCGGUCAAGAGCCGACGUUAAUAUCGGUGGCGAGUGGGCAUCAACCCGAAUCGGAUCUAAUUUGUGUUGGCUAUAAAGAACAUUUUGAAAUUAUCGAGGAAUCAACUGGCGAUAUCAAAAAGGUCCAUCGAUUAGAGGCGUUCGGACAGUUUGAAGAAGUCAAAUCUAAGAAACGUCAUAAAAAGAAGGCCAUCAACUUAGUUAAUCCGGUCAAUGUUUAUGAUGAAGCUGGUAAGCCGGAAGUAUUCCUGACUGGCAAUCAUGUUUCUUUCCUCCUUGGACUUGGUCUAGAAGUUUCAUAUAUCAGCAGUUACUACUGGAAUCAUCCACCACUUUAUAUCGUUUGUGCUUAUCCAUAUUUGUUGGGAUUUGCAUUAAAUUAUAUCGAAAUCAGAUUGGUCGUUAAUGGAUGCUUGGUUCAAGCUAUUACAUUUCCAGAAAUUCAGUUUAUUACAUCCAAGUUUGACAUCUAUUUCGCAACACAACCAACACGAUCAGCUUCUAUUGGUUCGAAUAGCUCUCAAGGCGUAGUAACACAACGAUUAAAUUCGUGUGCCUUAUAUAAAAUACCAAUAAUGUCGCUAUUAGGUGAUGAACUGUACAUGUCGAGAAUUAAAUCGACUGUAACGGCAGCAGGUAUAAAUAAUUCAGCAAUGCGUCCUGGUCGAUUUAAUUCUACUUCUAAAGGUGGACCAUUUAAACGCUGUGAAUCCAAUCUCGUUGAAUCAACUAAAGGAGUUCCACGUAGUAUUAUGAGAGCUCAGUUGCAUCGAAUUGUAUGA